AUGAUAUAUUCUAAGUGGGCUAUGAAUACAUGGAAUGACUGGAAAAAUGAAAAAAUAAAAGAAUGGAUUACAAGCGAAUGGAAACAAAGUGAAGACAAAUACUGGUCUAACUAUGAUGAAUAUACUUUACAAACCCUAGACUUUGAAGACCAAAAACAAUGGUAUAAAUGGAAGGAAAGAAUAUACAGGGAAGGAGUCGAAUGGAAAAAUUGGAUUGCCGUUAGAGAAAGCAGAUUUGUCAACUCUAAUUGGAACACCUGGUCCGAUUGGAAAAAAGGGAAACAAUUACAAUUUAGUGAAUGGACCGAGACAUUUGUUGAUAACUGGAUUAAACAAAAACAAUGGCUUGUGUGGAAUGAGGAAAGAAAAAAUGCAGCCGAUGAACAGAAACUCGCAGAGGAACAAGUAGCUGCUCCAAGUCAACAUGCCACUCCUGUUAGCGUAGAAGAACCCGCCGCCGAAGCCAUGGCCGCAUAA